GUCAGGAGUGCUGCAGCUCCAGUACUCACUUGAUAAACCGGCGUGUGACGACGCACUUGACGGUGACUUUUCUCCAGCUACGUCAGAGAUUAGCGAGUGUUCUGCGGGGACAGGCUGUGCAAUCCUCAGCAGUGUUCUGAGACUGCACGGCCGGUUCUUCUCCACCAGGACCGUCACCCUCUCUGGGCUUCAAGUGACCUUCGCUUCCCCCCGAGUUUGGACUAUACGGACAAGACUUUAAAGCACUUUCUCGUCUUUCAUUGAGAAAUGGCGGCAGAGAAGGAAAAAAAGAGGAACAGCUCGGAGCGACGCAAGGAAAAGUCUCGGGACGCAGCACGUUGCCGUCGCAGCAAAGAGACUGAGGUCUUCUACGAACUUGCGCAACAACUGCCUCUGCCUGAAAGCAUCAGCACACACUUGGACAAGGCUUCCAUCAUGAGACUGGCCAUCAGCUUCCUGCGGACGCGCAAUCUGGUUGCAAUGGGAACAGAUGGCGAGAAAGACACUGAAGACAUGGACUCUUUGUACCUCAGGUCUCUCGAAGGUUUUAUAACCGUGGUUACAGCCGAUGGCGACAUGAUCUUCUUGUCAGAGAACAUCAACAAGUUCCUGGGCCUAACACAGGUGGAUCUGACAGGUCACAGCAUCUUUGACUUCACUCACCCAUGUGACCAUGAAGAAAUCAGGGAAAACCUGAGCCUUAAGAUGGCAGGGGAUGCCUUUGGGAAGCAGAGAAAGGAGCUGAACACUGACCGAGAUUUCUUCAUGAGGAUGAAAUGCACAAUGACCAACAGGGGGCGCACUGUCAACCUUAAGUCAGCCAGCUGGAAGGUGCUUCAUUGCACUGGACAUUUGAAGACAUUCAACGGCCUAACACAGGUUCUGCACAGUCUGGCUGAGCCUCCCCUGGCCUGCGCUGUCCUGAUGUGUGAGCCCAUCCCCCACCCAUCCAAUAUUGACAUACCACUGGACAGCAAGACGUUCCUGAGCCGUCACAGCAUGGACAUGAAGUUCACUUACUGUGAUGACAGGGUCACUGAGCUGAUGGGCUACAGUCCUGAAGAUCUGAUUGGUCGAUCUGUAUAUGACUUUUACCAUGCCCUGGACUCUGACUGCGUCACCAAGAACCACCAAAACUUGUGCACUAAAGGACAGGUGGUCACUCGUCAGUAUCGCAUGCUGGCAAAGACAGGCGGCUACGUCUGGGUAGAGACUCAGGGUACUGUUAUCUACAACAGUCGCAACUCUCAGCCACAGUGCAUCGUGUGUGUCAACUACGUGCUUAGCGAUGUGGAGGAAAAGUCACUGGUUCUGUCACUAGAACAGACCAAGUCUCUGUACCAGCCCAGCCAUGUGCCCGGAUUCUUCACUGCUGGUGUUGGAGAGUCACUCUUCGCCAAACUCAAGGAGGAACCCGAAGACCUGACCCAGCUGGCCCCUACUCCGGGGGAUACCAUCAUUAGCCUUGACUUUGGCCAUCCUUCUUUCGAGGAGACCCUGCAAGGGCCAGCAUUUUCCUUCCCUCCUCCUUCAUGGAGCAGUGAAAAUAAUAAACCAGCGUCUCACCCAAGAACCUUCACCGUACAGCAGAAGCCUCCACAACCGUGCAGCACCACACCCAGUCUAAGCAGCUGCUCCACACCCAGCAGUCCAGGCGAUUACUACUGCAGCAAUGUAGAGAACGAUCUGAAGGGGGAACUGUCUGAGAAGCUGUUUGCUCUGGAUACUGAGAGUAGCAGUCAGUUUGACUUAGGUGAGCUGGACCUUGAGACAUUGGCUCCCUACAUCCCGAUGGAUGGUGAAGACUUCCAACUCAGUCCAAUAGUCCCAGAAUCUGACACACUGGAAGGAGUCCAAGCCGGGUCCAUGGAGACCAAUAUCAACAGUGGCUUUGCCUCUCCGGCACCCCAGCAAAGCUUCAACGACAUUGCUAGCCUUUUCCAGCCGCUUUUAAACCCCCCACAGCAACAGAGGCAGUUCCAUUCUCCACCCUCUGCUUCCUGGAAGGCUUGGGAAGAUGGAGGGUCUGACCAGAGGGCUCUGUACCCGAGAGGGUGCUCUUUUGUGGUUACUCGCAUACAAAACCUUCCGUACCAGGCUCCGGCCAGCACCCCAUUGUCCUCCAUGGGAGGACGCCAGAAUCUGCAGUGGCCCCCAGACCCACUCUUAACAUAUCAACAAGAAUAUCAACCACAGCAACAACAGCACAGCAGCAACUCCAGCAUGUCAGUCCUGAACGAACUCAGGCCCAUGGACACUUUCUCCAAGACCUUCAGAGAUAGGAGUCCGCUUGGGAACCCGAUACAUGUCAAGCGCUCCUUCACACAAAUGACUGAAGAAAUCAAGUCAUCAGACGUGCCCUGGAAGAAAAUGAGAAGCGACGGUUGUUCCGGACAGCGUUCUCACGACUGCAGAUCUCUGCCUGCUUACUCUGUGAUGGCCAGGAUGAUGCAAAAUGGCACUUCCCUGCAUCCAAGCCUGCUUCCACAUCACAGAAAGUCUCAGUAUCAGGGGGUGGUGAAAGAAGAGAGGAGUUACCUGCUGGGCCCGACCAUGGAUGCCUUUAAUCUACCACGACUGACCCACCAUGAUUGUGAGGUGAAUGUGCCUCUGCAAGGAACCUCGCACCUGGGUUUGGGUCUGAUGCCUGCUCUGAACCAAGCCACCUAGAGGGGCACUGACUUGGACCAAGACCAGCUCUCCUUCCCGAUCCUUCUACUGAAUGCGGAAGCUUCAGUGGAAUAUGUUUAGUCCCUAAACUUCGGCCAAUUUAAGGUCUAUAUAACCUGUAGACGACUGGAUCGUAACCCACAGUCAUGACCAGGUUUUGAAGGUUUAAUUUAUAAGCCGGUUUUCAGCUCCCUGAUUCCUUGCAUCAAACUCACAACCGUCUCUCUAGCUGAAGUGCAUACAUUUUUGGAAGCUAAAACCACAAUGUUUUCUAUGCAGUGCUGACUUCACUGAGCGUUUCUGCUUAUUGGUGCAGAGCAGGAGGAACACAGAAAGCUUGUGUAUUAUGACAACCAUUAGUUUUCCUUACCGUUUAAAAACAAUUCAGGAUCUGCCGAUGCUUAGUGGCAAACUUGAGCUUUCCUUGAGACAAUUUAUUAGCACUUCAGCUGUGUUACUGUAGGUGCAAAAGUGUUCAUAAAUUGUUUAUUGUGAGCAUAAACUUUGUUAAGCCUUAUAUGAAACCAAUGAAUAUACAGUUGCCGCUUUUUUUAGCAAAAUAUUAACUGGGUCCUUCUCAGUCUGUUCUACUUUUAUACCUCCCAGUGUUUGCGGCACGAACAUUCGCUGAUUGGCUGUCCUGCGCAGUGAUGCGAUCAGCAUAAAAGAAAUACUGGUUCAUGUAUGAACACCUCAAGAUGGUUUCACUAUUGAAUCUCCAGAAUAAGGUAAGGAUUAAAUUGCUAAAUGAUGAACCCUACAGAUUUAAGUGUUCUCAUGUGCUCUCAUGUCAAUCCAUUUCUUUAGUCAUGUAAAUAGCUAGCUUUCAGUGUAUGAGGGCUAGUGUUCAGACACUCAGCUUGUCUGAAAUGGAAAAAAGCAUGUUAUAGCAACCAGCUGUGUAAAUAGGCAGGUAUUGUUGCGUUCAAAUGAGGCUUUAUAAACAAGUAAUCUGUGUGAAGUGUCCUUGUACUUCAAAAAUAGUUAUUGCGUGAGGACGACAAAAGAUGCACACUGACACUCACGCACACACCUGCUGUCUUAAAACAAUCCAAUCCAAUGUGCCUUUAUGAGCAUCAACUUCGUUUUAGUGGCAUUAUCAAACACUUGCUUUUAUUUCAUUUACUGUUAUUUAACAGUCACAUGCUAGCUCAUUCUAUAUUACCCGAAACAGCAGUAAGUGUACUCCUCUCUGUUGAUUACUUUUGUUUUCGUGUGUGGGUUUUCUCUGUGAAAGCCGUGUAGUGGCAGGGUUUUAUUUGUGUGCAAUUAUUUUAGUCAACUAACCUGAACUUCACUCUGCCUUUAACAAGUUCUCAGCCUUUUAUGUAGCUUUACGCUAACUCGUCAGGUGUGGUGGGAAGUCGCUGCCAGUUCCUUCAACUGACCAUAGCAUUGCUUUUCCUGCUUAUGAACAGUGGACAAAUGAGUGGAAGUCCUUCUCCUUCUGAAAUUCCACCUUUUCAGCUGGUGCACUUUCUUUGAGGACUUCCACCUAACAAAACGUCAGAACGACCUUGUGGGCUCGUUGUGGGCUGACCUCUUCACUGCCAUGUAGACGCUAAAAGAAUUAUAGGAGAUGUAGCCACUCAUCCUUCUGUGCCAGUAUGUCUCAUCAUUGCAGACAGCCGAGUUUUUGUAACCUGGUUCCUUCCUCUAACAGAGAACUGUUAACAGUGUCAAACUUGUGUUUUGGUUUCCUUUUCUGUCCUUUGAUGUUUUCCCACCUCUGAUUGUUGCCAGACACUGAAUUGGUGAUUCUCUUUCUUGAUAUUCAAUUGUGUCAGGGCUGCUGAAUGAUGUUGUGGUCUUGGACACUUCAUCGUGACACGUUGCCUUGUCUUUUAGUCUGUUAAACUCACCACUUUUUUUCUGGGACACCUUCUUCGUCCCUUGCUGAGCUGUAUGUUUCCAUGCUUUGCAGUCUCAAUUUGAUUCUGUCACCAGCGCCUUGAAGGGUUCUCAAGUCUGCCCCAUCGUGCGUGUCUUUCAUAGAAAGCUCUCUCAGACCAGGUGCACAACUCUUUUGUGAGCUGUAUUUUCAUCAAACACUCCAGAUGUUGUCAAUAAGCUAACGGUAGCAUUUAAGCUGUUCUUCAGUGCCUGUUCAAGCAUCCAAUGCAGGAUUUGGUUUGAUGCACAAUUCUGACAUUUUCCAUUCGUCAUGCAGCCCUACUGUAUAUAGAUGUAUAUAAAUAUAUAUAUAUUGAAAAACACAUCAGAUUUGCUUUUAUAUGUAGCAUACUCACUCAAGUUAAGGAUGGGGCUUAUCGCAACGUCACAAACAACUGUGCUGCUGCUACUGCAGCGCUGUAUUCACCAGGACGUUUGAAUGCACGUCUUUGUUGGGCUACCACUGUUACGCCUUUGUCUUUUAAAGUUAUAUCCUCUUUCUCCAUCUAACUGUGCCUUAUCACAUCAACGCUAUUAACCCUCCAAGUGCAGACUUUGCCUCCACGCUGUCUCACUUACUGUAGCUGUUUCCAGUAAAGGCUUUAUAUUAUAUCGCUUCCUGUUGUGUCUGGAAUAGUGUGUAGCAUGAAGUCAAUUAUAAUUAUUUUAAAACAUGAUCAUUUAUGAUCUUAGACUUGCCAUCCUAACUCUGUGUACUACUGGUUGAUUUUUAUUUCUGUCCCACGUGGCGCAGUGAAAUAAAUAAUCCCUGUUAUUGACAUCCUUUUACAGUCUAGACUUCACUCCUAGAUAGCUGGUGAUGAUGAACUUAAGAUAGUGAACUUAAGAGAGUGUUGUGGGAAGGCUGUUUGACGAUGAUACUUGUGGUUGUGGGUUCUGAGGCCUGCUUGGUCAGAAGGUUCUCAUUGGGCGUAAAUCACAGGGUUAUUCAUCCGAUUUUAUUAUCAAUAAAUUACGAAGUAAAUGUCAAAUAUUCUUGCGCUAACUUAACAUGACAGAGAAUGUUGAAAUGAUACAAAUGAUAAACUAUGUGUUCUUCAGCUUUCAGUCAAUUGUGCAAUUUGAGUAGCAUGUUUGAACCGUUGAAAAAACUCCUACAUUCACAUAGUUCAUGGCUUGCGGCCUAUGACUUUUUUUGAUAUCCUGCCAUCUUUGGGUUUUUUUUUCGACCAUAAUUUCCACCAAGCUGUAUUUUUUUAUAUGAAUAUGAAUCUAUAAUCUGUCUAAAAUGGUUUAAAAAAAUGCCAAUAAUAAACAAUUAAGUGUUCAAUUCCAGCAUUGGACCAAAUGUAUGUGUUGAAUUACUGCAUUUGUCAUAGAAACAAAAAUUGGACAGUAAAGUGAACAAAUUUUUUUGCUGGAAUCUUCCACUUAUUUAAAUGACCAAAAUGGCUCAUUGUAUAGAAAAUGUCGAGCUCAGUUGUGUAUAUGUAAGUAAAGAUAGCUGGCUAAGUGGAAGUUGAUUUUGAAAUGUACGCAAAUUAAAAUUAGCUAGUAAAUGUCUAUGGUUCACUGACAUUGUGUGCAGUCGAAAGCUCUUUCUCAGUAAUGUUGUUGCCUAAAGGGUUAACAUCUGCUUCUAAAAGGCAACGUUCCCUCUCCCACUGGGUUCUAUUUCCUUUGUUGAGAUUUGUGUAUUCAUGCUUCUGAUAUUAUCCUUUCUGGCUGAUGAGCAGGAAAACUGUCAAUAUUGUUGUCAGACAUUUUCUUUUAUCAUUAAAUAUAAGAUAUAAUAAUAUAAGAUGUGUUUCCUUAUUUUGUUGUUGCUGCUCUUAUCAUUAAAGAAAUCUGACUUUCACCACAAACUACAUGUGUGUUUUUAUACGUGUGGUUCCUGGUAAUUCCUAUCUAUAUUUACUGUAUACUCACUGUGAGGGCUGCUUACGGAUCCCCUGGUUUCUAUGACACGCUGGAAUACAACAAUGGUUCCAUCCCCAUUGCAAAUCCUCCCUUGGUCUUCCUCAUGGUCACCUCCCUUCACCACCUCCUCCCUGUGUGGAUUUAGAAAGUGGAAGUAAAAAUACUUAUUUACUGCAAUUAUUUCCUCCUGCCUGCUGGGGGUGUUUUUUUUUUUCAGUGCUACAACAAGGUUCUAGGGUAACAGCGAAGCCUCUGAUGAGGACACCUGGUUUUGUUUGCAAUGUUGGUUGGGAAAUCUGUGCACGUACAUCGUAAUAGUUGACUAAACAAGCAAGACAUUACAUUGAAGAUUCUUUCAUUUAAUUCAAUUAAUUCCAGAUGUUAUUCCACACACUUAAUUUAUAGUUAAGCUAUGGAACACAAACACAAUCUCUGAAAUGAAAAGAAAAAGACUAAAAUGUUAAAGCUCAACUUUUAAUCACCUAAAACAUCCAUCCAUCCAUCCAUCCUCAACUGCUUAUCCGUUGUCGGGUCGCGGGGGCAGCAGCUUCAGAAGGUCACACCAAACGCUCCUUCUAUCUGGGCAACAUCCUCCAACUCAAACUGAGGGAUCCCAAGAUAAUCCCAGCCCAGUGAACAGAUAUAAUCCCACCACCUGGUCGUGGGUCGACCCCUCGGUCUCCUCCCAGCUGACCACACUUGAAACACCUCCAAAGGGAGGCAUCCAGGGGCCAUCCUCAUGAGAUGCCUGAACUCCUCUCAACGCGGACAAGUAGUGUCUCUCCCAAGUGACAGAACUCACCCAGGAAGACGCCUGUAACCCGUCGGAAAAAACGCGUUUUGGCUGUAUCCAGGAUAUUGUUCUUUCGGUCAUGACCCACAGUUCAAUACCUUAGGUGAGGGUCAGGAUGAAGAUUGAUACUUGAGUAAGACCCCAAGAUACUUAAACUUCUCCUCUCGUGGCAGGAAAUCAACCCUCAACCGGUGAGAGCAAUCCAUCCAGUUCUGGUUGAGAACCAUGGCCCCAGACUUACAGGGGCUGAGUCGUAUCAACAUCAAGACGGAAACUGAUCCAGAGAAAACCGACGGUCGCAACGUGGUGAGGCCACAAAACAGACCACCAAAUUUCAAACCCUCCCCACCAGAGCUGCACCUGGAAAUCCUAUCCUUGAAAAGCAAAAACGGGAUUGGAGACAAAGCACAGCCCAGACGAAGAACAACCCCCACCGGAAACACAACGGUCACUCCCAUCACUCGAGAGAUUGAAUGGCACCCCAUAUUGCUGAAGCACCUCCCACAACUUGUCCCUUGGCACCAGGUCAUUUGCCUUCUCCAAGUCCACAAAACACGUCGCCUUAAACAUGACAAAAAUGAUAUGUGAAUGACUGUAAAUGAUUCUUAUAUUAGUGGCUCGUCGCUGGACUGACUGUCUUCAGACAUCUGACUGAUGAACUGUCUGCUUGACAGCCUGGUAUUGAAACCUUUAGACCAUGAUGAAAAAGUUCCACUGCUGUGAAAGAGCUUGGUGGUCAUGAGGAUAGCAGAGAGACUCCCAGGCAUGUCACCCAGGUUAAGUUAUGUUGUCCAGAUGUUGGUCAAAAGAAGUUAGGAAGCCACACAUAGCAAUUGAUGGGUGUUUAAUAUCAUGUAAAAAUGGAGGCUUAGUUGCUCCGAACAGUGUUGUCCAAAACACUUCAUUGUUGGCAUUUCAAAUGAGACACCAAUUACGCAAUAUGAAGCAAACAAAAUGUUAUCUGUGAACAUGCCUGCACGUUGUGCACCAGAUCUGUGUCAGGCCAUCUUGCUGCACAAUCAGGUGGAUAUAAUAUGAAAUGACGAGAACAGACUAAGUAAAACAAUUCUUAUCUGUUCAUUUAUCUACGUAAUAAUUGUAUUUGCUUUCGCCAGCAGGGAAGGCUUGCUGACCCUGACGGGGCACCACUUCCCUAAACCCGCUCAGGAGGCCACUGGUCAUGUUUCGUUACUGACACCUGCUGGUCAUUUGACGCACAGCAGUCCGCUCAAGGCGUCAACUCGAGGCGUGUUUAGCAACAAAUGAUCGCCUGCUUAGAAUGGAUGUGCAACUUGCUUGAAAGGGCUCUCACAUUUUUGUAGUAAAAUGCAAUACCAGUAUCAAUAAA